UACAUCCAUACGACAUACAACGGUUGCAUCAACAUCAUGAAGGCGUCCAUGGCGCUAACCGCCCUUGCGCUCGCCGUCGCCGCCGCGUCGAUCUCCGGUGCGGUGGCGUGGACCACCACCUUCACCAUGCACAACCUCUGCCCCUACCCGGUCUGGCCGCUCGUCACCCCGAACGCCGGCCAGCCCGCCAUCGCCGACGCCAGCAUCCGCCUCGACAGCAACGGCCUCGCCAGCCUCGCCUUCCCGGGCGCCGCCGCGUGGUCGGGCCGCGUCGUGCCGCGCACCGGGUGCUCACCGCCGGCCGGGUGCGUGACCGGCAACGCGCCGCCGGUCACCGUGGCGCAGGUCAGCGUGAACAGCGCCGGCGGGCUGGCGGAGUACAGCGUCAGCCUGGUGGACGGGUUCAACGUGCCGGCGACGAUCACGCCGCACGCGUUCGACGCCAGCCAGAUGUGCCCGGUGCUGGGGUGCGCCGUGGACCUGAACGCGGCGUGCCCCGGGGGCGCCAGAGUCGGCGGCGGCGGUGGGUGCAUGGCGUCGCCGCAGUUCUUCAAGGAGAUGUGCCCGGAGACGAGGACGACGGCGACCGACGUGGAGGCGACGCCGCAGAAGUGCUUCGGCCCCGGCGAGCUCAAGGUCGUCUUCUGCCCAACGAACUGAAGCUGAAGCUAUAUGUAAAUGUCGUGAUGGAAAUAAUAACCCAAAGUGCUGUGUGGUUACUUAUCAGAGUGUAUGUUCUCUUAACAUUAUGGAAAUGAUUUACAUAAUAAACAAUUGGUAUUUGGUAUUUAGAACAUUUUAAAAUUCUUA